CCCCAAUCCAAACCCACGCUGCUAUAUAUAUAAAGGACAAAUCGGAAAAAACAUCAGCUCCUACUCCUCAGUUUCAACAUGCGAGGGCUCCUCCUCUGCUGCCUUGUGGCCCUGGCCUCAUGUCAAACCGUCCAUUAUGAGCUCAGCCUGAACCCGAAGAUGACCUACGAGUAUAAAUAUGACGGAGUGGUGAAUUUUGGACUCGGCAUAUCGAACAUCGCUGAGUCUGCUGCAAAAAUCACGUGCAAGAUCAAGAUCAUCGGUGCAUCCGAGCAAACAUUCAUUCUUCAGGUUUCAGAAUUGGCCUUCGAGGAGUUCAACGGCUUCCCGGGGAGAAACCACUUCGCCGCCUCCCCAAAGCUCACCCAGCGUAUCGCUUCCGACCUCGUCAAACCCUUCAUGUUUGACUACGUCAGCGGACACGUCAGUAACAUCCGAGCCUCCGCUGAGAUUUCUGACACCAUUGUCAACAUUGUGAGAGGAAUACUGGGUUUGUUCCAAGUCACUGUGAAGACCACACAGAGGAUCUAUGAGCUGGAAGAGGCUGGCAUCCAAGGCAAGUGUCAGAGCAGCUAUGCUACAGAAGAAAACGCGGAAACAAAGGACAUGACCAUCACUCAGGUUGUGGAUGUCAAUACCUGCAAGGAGAAAGCAGCACUCUACAGGGGAAUGGCCACCGCUGUGCUGGACCAAGUCUCCAAACAGAGAGGGGAGUCUGUGAUUUCCACAGUGAGAUAUGUGUACACAGUCAAGCCAACUGCAGAGGGAGGUGUCAUCACCAGGGCUCAUGGCCUGGAGCAACAGCACUUCAGCCCCUUCAACGUGAAGGGCGGCAGUUUCAUGAUGCAAGCCACGAAGGAAAUGGUGCUGCUCGGCGUGAACGACACAGAGAGAGCCGUCAUGUUCGGGCCAAUGGAGAGCAAGGGCGACCUUGUUUACAAGUUUGUCAAUACAGAAACUAAUGUCCCCAUUAUGAUGCAGAACCUGGAAGACCCAAUACCAAAGGCUAUUGAGUUGAUCAAGCAUCUGGCUAAGGUCAAUCGUUACCAGAUUGACAGUGCAACAUCUGAGGACACUAUAAAGCUGUAUCAACUCCUGCGAGCGAUGCCCUAUGAAGGAUUAGAAGUUAUGUGGAUGCAAUUUGAAGGAAAUGAAGACCAAAGACGUUGGUUUUUGGACAUGAUUGUUGAGGUCAACGACGCCAGAAUCCUGAAGUUCCUGGAGGUCAGGUUCCAGGCUGGAGACGUGUCUGUGACUGAAGGUUUCCAAACCCUUUUGAUGGCGAUGAACCAUCUCCAGGCUAUUCCUGAUCUGGUUGAGAUGGCUAAAAUGUUCCUGACCAUGCCCUUUUGUAAAUCCAAUAUCUAUCUGUGGCAUACUGUGGUGCUUUCCUACGGCUCUCUGGUGUACAAGCACUGUGCCUAUUAUACACCUUGUCCUGUAGCGGCUGUUCAGCCACUGCUGGACAUGGCUGUGGAGAGUCUGGGGAGUGGCAAAGAGGCAGACAUGGUCAUCGCUCUGAAAGCUCUGGGGAACGCAGGUCAUCCAGGCAGCAUUAAAACCAUCAUGCGCUUCCUCCCUGGAGUCGCUGCCAACCCUGUGGAUCUGCCGCCUCGUGUGCUGAGUGCUGCCGUGCAGUCUAUGAGACUCAUAGCUGCCAGAGACCCUCAAAGUGUCCAAGACAUCACAAUGAGUCUGUUCCUGCAGAAGGACCUUCCCACUGAGAUACGCAUGCUGGCUUUCAUGAUCCUGUUUGACACCAAACCCUCAAUGGCUCUGGUGUCCAUAGUGACUGUGCAUCUACAGGAGGAAAGGGACCUCCACAUUAUUAGUUUUGCAUACUCCUACUUGAAAAGCCUUGCCAGAUCCAGUACUCCAAACAACCACUUUCUCUCAACUGCCUGCAACGUAGCCGUGAAAAUCCUGGCCCCUAAAUUCGGUCGUCUCAGCUAUCACUACAGCAAAGCCAUACACAUGGACUGGUUUAAUGACGAUUUCCUAAUUGGUACAGCCGCAGAAGUCUUCAUGCUGAGGAGUGCAACAAGCAUCUUCCCCACUGAAAUCAUGAUGAAAGGAAAAUUCUAUUUCAUUGGUAGAAUUCUGCAGCUAAUGGAGUUGGGCAUCCGUGCUGAAGGGCUUAAGGAGCUGUUUGGUAACGGCAUCCCUAGUUUUAAAGGAGAUCUUAGUUUCGGUGACUUUCAGGCUAUUCUUGGUGUGCUUCAAAACUGGGAAAUUAUGCCCGACGAUAAGCCCAUCCUAUCUGCUUAUACACGCGUCUCUGGACAAGAGUGGUUCUUUGCUGAUAUGAACAAAGAAACCAUUGAGAAACUCAUCAGGGCUGUCAGUCCCUCUGCAGGGAACGAGAGUGCUUUGUGGGCUGCCAUUGAGAAUCUACAAAGGGGAGUGUCGUGGCAUCGGACCAAGCCGUUUUUAAUCUUUGAGGUUCGCUACUUCCAAGCCACCAUCCUGGGUCUCCCACUGGAGAUAAGCAAAUACUAUCAAAGCGUCAAUGGGAUCACUGUAAAUGCCAAAGCUGCAGUAAAACCACCACUGACUCAACAUCUUGGACAACUGUUGACUUCUGAAAUUUCAAUGGAAUCUGAUGGUUUUAUUGGUUACACGAAGGAUUUCUGGGUUUUCUACGGGAUCAACACGGAGCUGUUCCAGUGCGGGACCGAGUUUAAGAGCAAAACACCUAUCGCUAUCCCGUGGAAGUUUGCGACCAAGAUCAAUGUCGCAGAAAAGAAGUUUGAACUCGACUUCCCUGCGUGCAAAAAAGAGUUUGAGCUCCUUUCAGUCAGCUCCAACGUGUACGCAGUCUCCAGGAACAUUGAGGAGCCAGCUUUGGCUAAAAUGACUCCAAUAAUGCCCAACGGUAUUGACGCCAAUCAUGAAGUCGUCCACAUGGGCCCCACAGUUGUGAAGCCUGAGUCAGAUGAGACACCAAACACCUGGCACACAAGUAACAAAAUGUGUGCUGAGAGUAACAUUUAUGGAGCUGGUAUGUGCGUGGAGUCUGAGUUGAGAAGAGAGUAUUAUCAUGAGGAAUACCCCUUGUACUAUUUUCUGGGAUACACCCACAUGGCAGUCAAAGUAGCACCAGCCCAGGCAAUCAAAGCUGUUGACAAAAUCCACUUUGAGGUUAAUGCCGGCCUGACCAGACAUCCAGGCAGCGACGGCCAACUGCUUGAGACUCUGAGGAGGCUUUCCAAGGAGGCCACCCAGCGAGUGCGUCUGUCCUCUGAUUCAGCCUCCAGCGCCAGAGGAUCCAAUCAGAGCCAUCAGGACCACGUAAUGGAAGUCCCCAACUCAAUACCUGAAGUUGUGUUCAAUAUCAAAGCCUUCGCCACGAGUGGCAACGAGAAGCCCGAGGGUUACGAUGCAGUCUUUUACUACACGCCUGAGGCAAACCUUAAGAACGUCCAGCUGAUUGUGUCUCAGGUUGGGGAAGACACCAACUGGAAGAUGUGCAUCGACACCACUGUGAACGCCCACGCCGACACAAAGGCACAACUUAAAUGGGGAGCCGAAUGUCAGUCCUACGAAAUGACAAUGAAAUUUGCGACUUUACGUCUGCCUGGCUCCAAGCCAACGCUCAAGGCCAAAAUGCAAUGGACCAGGAUCCCAGAGUACAUGGCGGAACUGGGCACAAGAAUUAAAAGCUACAUCCCAGGCAUGGCUUUCCUCCUCGGCUUCUACCAGCAACAUGAGAGAAAUGCCAAGCAGGAGAUUUCUGCAUCAGUUAUUGCCGCCUCAGCAGACAGCGUCGAUGUGAAGAUUAAAUUCCCAGAGUAUACAAUCUACCACCGGGAUAUCCCAGCUCCACUGCCGCCUGUCAGUUUUCAGGAGUUUCAACACAACAUCACAAACGCAACAAUAUACAGCUUUGGACGCGCAUAAAAAAACAUAGAGAGCAACAAAGCCCAGAUGGGAGCCAGAUGCCUCUUUUCACAGUGAUAACGCCGCAACCAAAAAUCCCACCACCGUGAUGAAAAGUGAGGAUCAUAAAAGAUGCAUCAGCAAUCCGUCAGAUGUCACUAGUUUGGAAAUGACCCGUAAAGGUCCUGAUUUAUUCAUUAUGAAGUGUGUUAAUAUUUGAACAACCUCUUCUGAUGGAAUAUUGUGUAAAUUCAUGCUUAUGCCCCCAAAAACAUUGUAUCUUCAUGAUAAUGGAUUCACCAAAACCUGUUUCAGCAAGAUUUGUUCUUUUGCUCUGGUUCUGUCGAUAUAAAUUCUUUGUUCAUCCAAA